AUGGAUUUUCUAAAGAACAACGCGGCGGAGGAGGCGCGGUGCCAGACGGCGAUGACAGUUAAAAUGGCGUCCAUAGCCGUUUACGCGUUAGGGUUCUUCGUCGCCAUGGUGUUGUGCAACUUUGUUCACUUUCUCUUGCGCCCUAUGUCUCAACCUCGCAUCAUUUCUGAAGCCGUGGUAGGGUUGUUUCUGAGUAAUCUCCGGACCGUACGAAAGCAUUUAGACGAGAAAGAUAUUAAGGACACAUUAAGCUACAUUGUGGAUGUUAUAAUGAUAUGUCACAUGUUUGUGGUGGGCCUAGAAAUAGAUCCCAACAUAUUUCAACACUUACAUCUCCCCGAGACUAAGGUUGCUUAUUCCGGGGUGCUGACCACCUUUAUACUAGCAAAUUUUCUGAUUCCGCCCCUGAAGAUGUCCUCGGACACGAUGAUUAACAUCGGACUCUGCCUCGUGCUGUCAGGCACGGCCUCUCCUUUACUCACCCGCAUCAUAACCGAUUUAAAGAUCGGUAAGUCGGAUAUCGGGCGGUUCGUGGUGGCGGCCGGGAUCCACUCCGACGUCGUUUCGACCCUGCUCAUCUCAUUCGGGUACAUCGUGUUCGACCCGUUCGAGAACUUCCAGAACCGCGACGCGCGGAGCGUGGCGAGGAUGGUGACGACGCUGACGGUCCAGACGGCGCUGGCGUCGAGGGCGGCGCCGGUGGUGAUGAACUGGGUGAACCACGAGAACCCGGAGGGGAAGUCCAUGAAAGGGUCCCACCUGGUGAUCACCAUAGCCUUCGUGGUGUUGGUGUGCAGCACUUCGCCGUACUUCGGGCAGUUUAAUAAGGUGCUGUCGGCGUUUCUUGCGGGGCUUUUCAUGCCCAGGGAUGGGAGGAUAUCCAGGAUGAUGAUCACCAAGGUUAACUAUAUUUUUAGCACCAUUUUUUACCCUUUGUUUUUCUUCUGGGUAGGGACUUCCGCACACCUCAACAAAUUUGCGGUUGCUCAUUGGCACACGUGGGUUAACGUUGUGUGCUUGUUCGUGAUAACCACUGUCGGAAAAGUUGUCGGAUCUUUGGUGUCGGGAAUUAUGCUUGGAUUUAACUGGCCGGAAUCCGUUGCAAUUGGUUUGCUUCUCAAUACCAAGGGCCAUUUUCAAGUCUUCUUGGGUGUUAUGAAGUUGGGUUUGAGUGUGAUUCCGGAGGCCGUUGGGCUUCCAGUGGUGUUUAUGACUUUUCUGACUAUAGUCUACACCCCGUUGGUUGUGGCGAAGAUCAUUAGAUGGGCGAGGAAGCGUUCGCCCACGCAAAAAAUGGCACUCCAAUUGCUUAGUGCAUCCGACGAGCUGCGAGUCCUGCUUUGUUUGCGAGGCAAACAGAACGUUUCUUGCGCAAUCAACUUCAUUGAGAUCUCUCGCGGUCCGGUAGAGCCUGGGAUCAUGAUAUAUUUGACGGAGAUGAUUGAGCUGACCGACAUGGUGGCGGCCACGAUGGCUAGCAACCAAGGGGUGGUGGAGGACGGCGUGACGGUGACGGACCCGGAGGUGAUUCGAUUGAGAGAGGAAAUUAAUAGCUCGGUUCAGGCUUACGUUCCGGAGCGGAGCGAGGGGAUUAACGUUAAACAAAUGAUGGCGCUCUCCACCUUGAAUAACAUGCACCAGGAUGUCUGCAUUCUCGCCGAGGAUUUGAUGGUUCACUUGGUGGUUAUGCCAUUCCACAAAAAUCCGACGCCAGACGGGAAGCUAGACACCGGCCACUCUGGUUUUCGGCACGUGAACCGCAAGGUGCUCCGACACGCACCGUGUUCCGUGGGGAUCCUAGUAGACCGGGGGCUGGGAGCUAUAACGGUAUCAAAAACAAGCAUUUCCCUGAACGCUGCCGUCAUCUUCAUCGGUGGGAAAGACGACAGGGAGGCCCUGUCCUAUGUGGGGCGCUUGGCGAGACAUCCCGGAGUUAAACUCACGGUCAUACGGUUCCUACUGGAGGCCGGCGAGGACAACGUGGCAUCCAGAAUCAGCAAAGCCAAGGCUGAGUCCUCCGAGCACCAGGAAGAGAUGAAGCUAGACGACGAGUGCUUCGCACAGUUCUAUGAUCGGCACGUGGCCGGAGGGCGCGUGGCUUAUAGGGAGAAGUAUCUGGUGAAUUCGGGGCAGACAUUUUCGACGUUAAGGUCUUUGGAAGGGCAAUACGAGCUGUUCAUAGUGGGGCGAGGCGGGAGAGUGAACUCGGUGUUAACAGUGGGGAUGAAUGACUGGGAAGAGUGCCCGGAGCUAGGUUUGAUAGGAGAUAUUCUUUCGGCUUCCGAUUACUCGGUCGCCACUUCUGUUUUGAUAAUCCAGCAACAUAGUUUUAAGGGGGAAAUAGACGGUCUUCAAGAAGAAUUCUCAAUCAUGUAA